UCUAGAUAAUGAAAAAGAAGUUCAAGAAGAUAUUGAAACUAGGGACAGCCAAGCUUUUAACGCCGAGCUUACGGACAAAGAAUUAGAAAAUGCAGCACAAAUGGAAAAAAAACAAGAAAUAAGAAAAGACUAUUAAAUAAAGAAAAAUAUACAGAAUCCAUAGGACAAGAUAAACCCAUGUAUAAAAAGAUUAGAAAAGGACAACACUCAUCAAUUGAUUCACCAACGACUUUAGCGACAGAGGAAAACAACAAUAUUAUAAACCAUCAAAGGACUAUAACCACAACAGCUAUUAUUCACAACACCUCAGAACCUUCAAAUAAAAGUGUCAACAAUACACAUGUGAUGACUAUGAAACAAAACAAUCAAGAAUCCUUUUCUCCAGCACCCUUAGUUCGUAAUAAUCCAGAAUUUUCAGAUAAAAGUUUUAAUAAUAUGCAUUUAAUCAUGGAUUUAUCAAAUCACAAUCAGCCUGCUGUCCAUUGGAAACAACCAGUUGCAAACUAUGAAGCUGGAUCAACUUUUGGCAAUAACGUUCCUAAUUAUGGAAGCGAGAUCACCAUAAAUCGUCACAAUUCUGUGAAUGAAAACAACUACGCUCAGUGUAGUAUGAAACUGAAUUCUGUACUUCAAGUGACACAAUCGCAAAAUGAUACACAAUCAAAUUUGGAUGACUCUUUAGUAUCUGAUGCUGAAUCCAACAGUGGUAUGAUAUCUGUUUGUAAUGACGAUUCACAUAAUUUUUCGUUUGCUCACGAAAUUAUUGCAAAAAUGCCUAGUGGUGAAAUUACAGUUCGUGACAUUGCAGUCCAAAAGGCAAUUUUAGAAUCGAUGAAAUCAUCAUUUGACAAAAUAUAUGAAGAAAAGAAGAACUGCAGACAACCAUUUGAGUUAUCACCUGAUUAUCUUUACCCAGGCGAUGAAAGAGUUGAAAUCUCGCCGAAUGUGUCUUUUUUUUGCCAAAGAAGAUAUUCCAGGAAAUUGAGGAUGAAUAUGAUCGAUCCAAAAACUGGCAGAAUUUAGUAAAAAUGGUUUUAGAUACAGUCUACGGCAAAAAUCUCGUGAAUUUUUCGGUGGAAGGGUUGAAAGGACGUACCAAAAUUCCUUAAAAGGAUUAUUCGAAUGGGUCAACCGCUGCACUGAGAACGAUAUUGUAAGUCAGAGCGAUUUCAUUAAACAAAUAACGUACAGAACCCAAAAAAAUAAACACGAUAAUGGAGAAAGUUUGCCCAGAUCGCUGGAAAAUGAAGUUACAAGACGAGAUAUACAAGUACAAACAGCUAUAGUCGAAUCACUCGAAAGAGCCUUCAGCUGUCAGCAGGAAACAAAUAGGAUUUUAAAUCCUGAAUUUAAGAUACCAGAUAAAUAUUUACACCGUAAUGACGAUAAACUCCCAAUAGCGCCAAAUUGUUCGUUUUAUUUACCUAAAAAUUUUAUCAUGAGAGUAAAUUUACAGUACGAACAAAAUAAAGACUGGACCGUAAUAGUAAGGGAAACCUUUUUAUUAAUUUAUGGAAAACAUCUCAUACGAUACUCAGCUACCGGGAAAAAUGGACGCGAAGGAAUCAAAAAAGAAUUAUUCAAGGGUUUAUGGCAAUGGGUUACCGAUCUUUCAAGUGACGUCAAGAGAUUCACGUUUGUAAAUUUCAUCACUCAUAUGAGCUGUAACCAGCGUAACUACAGGAGGAAGAGUGAAG